AUGGCAGUCACCACGCCCGACUCGACUCUCGCGUCCAAACCUACCCCCAAUAUCGCGACCGCCGAUGCCGUCCUCCACAUUCACAGCGCUACACUGAUCGAGGCGCCCUCGCGCGCAGUCUGGGACACCCUCAUCGACACCUCGACGUGGCCCUCGUGGAACACCUUCAUCCCGCAAGUGACCAUUCGCGAACAGCCCGACUCUGAUUCCUCGCAUCCGUCGCCGGCUACGCUCUCUCCGAUCCUCCGACAGGGUACGCGAAUGACGUUCCACGUGCAGAUGGACCCGUCGGCGCCGGGCCGAGCGCAGGAGGUACCCUUGAUGGUGACCGAGUUUGAGGCGCCCGACGCGGCGACGAAGACGCCUGGACGGAUUGUAUGGGUGGGCGACACGAGAGCGAGAGGGAGUUUGCCGGGGUUCCUGCUUACGGCGGAGCGCGUGCACGAGGUGGAAGAGGUGGAUGCAGGGGUGACGGAGGUGCGGAAUUGGGAGGCGCAGGUGGGAUACUUGGUGUAUGUGGUGCGAUGGAUGUAUGGGGAGCAGCUGAAGAAGAAUUUCCAUACGUGGGUGCAGGACUUGAAGGCGUAUGUGGAGAAGGAGGUGGCUGCAUGA